AUGGCCCACCAAAUCUCAGCACUUGCUAGGGGAGAGGAGCGUCUUGAUCUCUUCAUCCUCGGCCACGACAACGGCUGCUACCACAAGUACCGCAACAGCGAGAACUGGUCCGACUGGAAGAGCAUCGGCAAGGGAUUCAGCAGCAUUAUCUCUGCCGUCAGCUGGGGCAAGGACCGCUUGGAUAUCUUCUGCCUGGAUACCACCAAUACCUGCUACCACCGAGUCAUGGAGAAUGACAAGUGGGACAAGUGGGAGAAUCUAGGCGGCAAUUUCACCAGCUCGGUCAAGGCUAUUAGCUGGGGUGAGAACCGUCUUGAUAUUCUUGCCCGUGGUCACGAUAACUCGUGCCAUCAUCAAUACUUCGACGGUAAGAGCUGGAGCGGAUGGAAGUCCAUCGGCGGAUCCCUGAACAGUGGCGUUGAGGCCGUGAGCUGGGGCAGGGAUCGUCUCGAUGUGUUCGUACUAUUCGCAGAAGACAAUUCCUGUCGUCGGAAGCGGUAUGAUGGAUCGAACUGGAGUGACUGGGAGAAUCUGGGUGGGUCUCUGGUGAGCCCUAUCCGGGCUAUCAGCUGGGGUCGGGACCGCAUCGAUCUCUUCGCUCGAGGCCAUGAUAACGGCUUCUAUCACCAGGGAUACGAUGGAAACAAGUGGACCGGAUGGCAAUCCCUUGGUGGCCAGAUUUACAGUCACAUCGAAGUGCUCAGCUGUGCUCCUAACCGCUUGGACGUGGUCGCCAUCAACCGUGACAGGAAGUGCAUUUAUAGGUCCUUUGAGAACGGUAAGUGGAGCGACUGGAAGGUCCAGGGGGACAUGACAUUCUUCAGUGCGAUUACUGGAGUGUCUUGCAGGGCUCGCGAGGGCCAGAUUGAUCUCUUUGGUGUCUCCACUCAGAAUAACGCCGUUCAGCAUAGAACUUGGGACGGCAACAACUGGAGAGACUGGAGGUCCCUGGAGGGAAAUGUUACCUGCCAGCUGCGGGAUUACUGA